UCGAGCUGAGCUGUUAUCGAAUAAAAUAGCCUGAAGUAUGUGCUCCAUUGCUUCAACCUAAAACCGAGGAGUGCUCUCAAAAGCUUGAGCCAUCCAAGUGAAAGUCUCCAGCAGCUCAAGACUUCCAGCUUCCAAGCUCAGGGGUUCAAUCAUUCUGAGAUGAAAUUGAAGCCUGGAAGGAUAAAGCUGUAAGAGGAUUGGGCGCUUGACGCACCACAUGCACGCAUGAUCCAUUUGUGAUGCAGCUGUCUUGCACUGAUCUCCCUUCGUGAGGGCUUCUGUUUUCCACCAGGCAAAUAGAUUUAGCGUGCACGGACAGUACUUCUGUAUCUGAAAACAAAACAAACAGAGGAUACUUUCAGAAAGUAUGAAGCUAUUAGCUUUUGGUUUAGUCUUAUUGGGGUGCUUACAAGGUUUUGUUACUUGUGACUACCAAGUUACAGCACUGUAUGAAAUCAAGAUGCAUCUCACUGAUGAAAAUGGUGUCCUAAACGGCUGGAAGGAUAAUCAAAUGACCCCUUGCGAUUGGGAACAUGUUAAGUGUCAAGACAACAAAGUAACUACGAUAACUUUGAGCUCACAAGGAUUAGUCGGAGUCUUGUCACCCAGCAUUGCAGAACUAACAACUUUGCAAGAGUUGGCAUUGAAUGGCAAUACGAUAAGUGGUGGAAUUCCUGAGGCGCUUGGGAAUGUAUCAAGCUUAACAACUCUAUAUCUAGGAAAUAAUGUUUUUAAUGGUUCCAUACCUGAUUCUCUUGGCCGUCUUCGAAACCUCCAAACACUGGAUCUAAGCGAAAAUGUCUUAACCGGGGAGAUCCCGAUCUCUCUCUCAAAUCUUUCAUCACUGAAGGAAAUUAAUCUAUCAGGCAACAACCUUAAAGGUGAAAUACCAGAACAACUACUUCAGGUGGCUCAAUACAACUAUACAGGCAACCACUUGAACUGUAGCCGAAACUCAGCUCCUUCAUGUGAAAAAGGCACCACUAAGGCAGGGCCUAAAACUAAAAGCAUUCUUUGGGGCUUGGCUGCUGUUUCUUCUCUACUAGCAGUUAUUUUCUGUUUCCUCUUUUGCUUUGGAUUGAUCAAAUUCAGAUGGCUCACAAAAGGUAAAUGGAGCGUAAUGGAUAGAUCAGAGUUGAAUAUGCACCGAGGUGAAGAGAUAGUAUGGGACAUAGAAGGGAGCAAUCCAGAGUUCACAUUUUACGAAUUUUCACAAGUAUUGGAAGCUACAAAUAAUUUCUCGGUAGAAAAUAAACUUGGGCAAGGUGGCUUUGGUCCUGUUUACAAGGGCCGAUUUCCUGAUGGAUUGGAUAUAGCAGUUAAAAGACUUGCUUCACAUUCAGGGCAAGGUCUCACAGAGUUCAAAAAUGAAGUCCAACUCAUAGCCAAACUCCAGCACAGAAAUCUGGUUAGGCUGCUGGGUUGUUGCUCUCAAGGGGAGGAGAAAAUGUUGAUCUAUGAAUAUUUGCUGAAUAAAAGCUUGGAUUUCUUCAUAUUUGAUGAAACAAGAAGAACUUUACUAAAUUGGGACAGACGACUAGUGAUAAUCGAAGGAAUUGCACAGGGACUUUUGUAUUUGCAUAAGCACUCUCGGUUACGAGUUAUACAUAGAGAUGUUAAAGCAAGCAACAUUCUCUUGGACUCUGAAAUGAAUCCAAAGAUUUCGGAUUUUGGACUAGCAAAAAUGUUUAGCUCAAAUGAUAUCGAAGGAAACACACAAAGGGUGGUUGGGACUUUUGGUUAUAUGGCUCCAGAGUAUGCUUCUGAAGGCCUCUUCUCAACAAAAUCUGACGUAUUCAGCUUCGGUGUGCUAGUUCUUGAGAUAAUCACUGGAAAAAGAAAUUCAGGUUUCCAUAAGCACGGAAGCUUCCUGAACCUUCUUGGAUAUGCAUGGCAUUUGUGGGGAGAGCGAAGAUGGUUUGCACUUGUCGAUUCAUCAUUGGCUGCAAACGGUUGUACAUCAGAGAUGAUGAGGUGCAUCAACAUUGCAUUGUUGUGUGUGCAAGAGAACGCGACCGAUAGACCCAGCAUGUCAGAUGUGGUCGCGAUGCUAAGCAGCAAAAGCGUCACCCUGCCCGAGCCUAAACACCCAGGAUAUUUCCAUGCAAGGGUUGCGAAGGAGGAGGCCUUCACAACUGCAGAGCCAUACAGUGCCAGUGACGAGACUCUGUCCAUGGCAUACGGUAGAUAGUACUGAAUGAACAUAAUGGUAGAUAGUAUUAUUGUAAAUUGCUUCAGAUGUGAAGGUUCGCUGCGACUAUACAUACUUGGCACUGUUCGUGUGACUCUGAACCAACUGCAGAACUAUACAUGUCGCAUUGUCGACUUUUUAACCCCGAAAAAUUUUGACUUGCUAA